AUGCCACUCAGUUCCCUCAACCCCCGCGACGUAGCCGCCAUAGACCUAGGCCGAGUGCUCUCUCGCCUUGAGCACAAGAUCCUCUCGGCAGAUACAGCAGACCAACGAUUACAGCAUUCCAGCUAUGAGCGCAUCAAAGUAUCUGCUAAUCUCGAAUACGCCCGCACCCUCCUCCUCCGCCUCGAACAUUCCUCCUCAUCCCUCAAGCUCCCUUCCCAAAAAGCCUCUGCCCAGUCCUCCCUCUCCGCUCAGCGUGCCUUGAUCAAACGACUCACUGACCGACUGCACGACCUUGAAGCCCACGGCGACGACAACGAUCUGCUCUACGGACCGGAGGACGAGGAAGAUAUAUUGGGCGAAGAUGCGCCUGCCGCUCCUCUCGCGACGCAAACCCGGGAAGUCGAAAAGCCAGCAGCGCCAGCAAUAGAGGAGCCCGCAUCCACAUUACGGAAUCGAAAACGGCCCAAGAACCCGCCAGAUGGCGCAAUACCCACCAACGAAGAGACGACGCGAGCCGAACUCCUCGUCCACAACGACACCGAAUCUACCCACCUGACCAGCUCCCUGCUCGCGCUCGCCCAAUCCCUCAAAGCCUCCUCGACGGCCUUCUCCACCUCCUUGGAAGCCGACACCGAGAUACUCAACCGUGCCACGGAAGGAUUGGACAAGAACACGACAGGCAUGGAGGCUGCGGGCAAGCGAAUAGGCUUGUUGAGGCGCAUGAGCGAAGGAAAGGGAUGGUGGGGACGGAUGAUGCUUUACGCGUGGAUUGGCGGUUUAUGGGUCCUGGCGAUAUUGCUGGUCUUUGCGGGGCCGAAGCUGAGGUUCUGA